AUGGGAUCCCCUCUGUCCCCUAUUAUCACAGAAAUCUACAUGACCCAUUUUGAAGAGCAAGCCCUGGCCUCCUCCCCCACCCAACCUGUCUGCUGGUAUAGGAAGGUGGAUGACACCUUUGUCAUCCUCAGGAAAGACCAGGAUCCCACCUCACUACUACAGCACCUCAACACCCAACAUCCUCGAAUUAAGUUUACGAUGGAGACAGAGAGAGACAGUGCACUCCCCUUCCUAGAUGUCCAUGUAUCCAGAGACCCCUGCAAGAAGAUCCAAACCAAGGUCUACAGAAAACCCACCCACUCCGACCAGUAUAUUCAUUUCAACUCAAACCACCCCCCAAAAACAAAGUCUGGUGUCAUCUCAACCCUGACCAAGCGUGCCAAGAACAUUUGCUCCAGCAACCAUGACCUAGAACAUGAGCUGAACCACCUGCAACAUGUCUCCACGAGCCUCAACAAGUAUCCCACCAACUUAGUCAUGAGGGCCAUCUCCACCACCCUCCAUGACAAACCCAAACUGACCAAGCCUGAAUCCACCCCCAUCAGAAUCACCCUACCCUACAUCGGCAAGACCUCCCAUCAAAUCAGCAGACUACUAAAUCACCAAGCAGCAUCGACACCAUCUCCACUGGCUGUGCUACCCUCGGGACCAUCCUCCAAGCCAAUGGCCGCAACCUACCCUCCAAAAAGCAGCCCCCCAAAGGAGUGA